AUGCGUGCAAGUUCUAUUGAUAUUCAUCCUAAUGCAACAUGGUCAACGAAUGGUAUCACUGUUGCUGGAGGAAAUAGACAAGGCAGUAAAACCAAUCAACUCGGUAACCCAUGGGGUUUGUACGUCGACGACGAUCAAACGAUUUAUGUUGCUGAUUUGUAUAAUGACCGUAUUGUGCAAUGGAAAUCUGGUGCAACGAAUGGAAAAGUAGUUGCUGGUGGAAAUGGAGCUCAUCAAUUAAAUCGUCCAGUAGAUGUGAUUAUCGACAAAGAGAGCGAUAGUCUCAUCAUCAGCGAUAGAGGGAAUAACAGAGUAGUUCGAUGGCCUCGUCGAAAUGGUAUUCGUGGAGAAACAAUUAUUUCAAAUAUCUCUUGCAUCGAUUUGACAAUGGACGACAAUGGUUCUCUCUAUAUCGUUGACGCAGGAAAACGUGAAGUGAGACGAUAUAAAAUUGGUGACACUCAAGGAACAAUAGUGGCAAGUGGCAAUGGAAAAGGAAAUCGUCUCGAUUAA